UCAGCUUAAACCUCAACUACUUCUUAUCCCCAAACCCUCUGACAACUUAAAAGAGUUAAGAACUGUCUUCAACUCAACAAACUCGGUCGAUUUUCCACUCAAAUUUGGUUGAUUUUCCGACAAAAUUGCUACCUGGGUUUUCAAUCUCCGACCGCGAUCGUUAUCUUCCCCAAUUCAGCAACCUCAAAAAGGCGAAAAAUGGCAGCUUUGGCACCGGGAAUUCUACUGAAGCUCGUGGACGCAAUGAACACAGGGGUCAAGCCGACGGGCGAAUACCGGAGCGCGCUUCUGCAGAUCACCGACAUCGUCCCGGCAGACCUUGAUGAGAAGAGCCUUUGGCCCACACAGGGCUUCUACAUCAAAAUUUCCGAUUCUUCCCACUCAAUUUACGCCAGCCUUCCUCCGGAGCACAAUGACUUUGUUCUCAGUAAUAAAAUGCAGUUGGGUCAGUUUAUAUAUGUCGAUGGAUUGGAGCCUGGGUCUCCGGUGCCGGUGGUGAAGGGAGCCAAACCGCUCCCCGGCAGGCAUCCUCUGAUGGGUACCCCGGAGCCGUUGAUGGGGCUGAGGGAGAAGGGAGAGAAAAGCGAACAAAUGUCGAAUUUGAAGCCUACUAGAAGGGGGUCUUGGGGAACAGGGCUUAAUGGAGCUGAUGGGGUUUCGUCUCCCAUGGUGUUAAAGCCUGUUCCUUUGGAUUUCGAUCAGUGCACUCCUGUUAAAGAGCGAGGCGGGCGAAAUGGGUCGAUGUCUCCAAUGAUUAGGGGGAGAGUGGGAAGAGACGGAGGGUUGAAUUCGGGGAUUCGGAGUUCAUUUGGUGGUGGACUUCUGGCUAAGAUGGCAGAUUCGAAGGGAGGUGAAAGCCCUGCGUUGAGAAAGAGCUGUGUCACGCCAUCUAUGUCGAGGUUUCAGAGAAGCAGAAGUGUGUCUGAUCGAGAGCCAAGGAUCCCAAUUAGCCCCUUCAACUCAGCUGAAAAAAAGAAGAGCUCGACUCCACCACCGCGAUUACGAAAUGCAAGAGUGGCAACUUCACUCAAUGUGGCUGGAGAUGCAGCACAGAAAUCCUCCAACUCGAAGGACACAAACACGAAUUCUCAGCAGCAGCCGCAGCCCGGUAACUUGUGCAACGAAAACAGCACUAGCCUCCCCAUGAAUUUACCAGGAAGGCUCAGCUUGCUUGGCAAAGAAGCUGUGCAGCAUAGAGAGACUGCUCAGAAGAUUGCCCUUAAUGCACUCAGAGAGGCUUCAGCUACCGAUACCCUAGUUCGAUCUCUCAAGAUGUUUUCAAACUUAUGCAGAACAGCUAGAGCAGAUGCCCCAUCAGCCUGCUUUGAUAAAUUCCUCGAAUUCCAUCACCAAAUUGUCCAAUCAGUAAAUGAUAUGAUGUCGAUACAAGCGGCUACUUCAGCUUCUGAAAUGACUCAGACUACUCCAAAAGUUAAGCAUCACAAAGAUAAAGAUCAAGAUGAUGAAGAAUUUUCUGUCCUGCAUGAAAUUGUUCAAAACUCCGUGAACUCUAAACUAAACUUGUCGAAAAGAAGGUGCGCAUUGUACAAAUCAGUUGCAGCGGUUUCUGAAAGAAGCGAGCAGAAAACGACAACGUUUGAGAAGCACCUGAGAAGCUCUACUCAUCAAAAGCCGAAAGCACCAUCCACUCCGCUCGGAAAGCUGAGUCUUGAAACCAUUGGUGAAAACGACGAAAACAAGAAGCCGGCUUCUGCUAGUUUAAGCAGCUUAAGCAACACAAUCAGGUUGAGUAAGCAGAUCGAAACGGAAGCUGGGAACUGGUUUAUGGAGUUUAUUGAGAUGGCAUUGGAGACGGGGAUGAAGAAAUCAAAAGGCACGACAACGGAUAAAGAUAUCCGAAAAGUGCCUCAAUCUGUCAUUCUCAGAUUGAUUAAUUGGGUGGAAGUAGAACAGUGUGACAGCAGCAAGCGGCCUGUUCAUUCGAAAGCAGCGCAGUUGGCUCGAAAGUUGAGGAUCAAAGUGAAGAAUCCUUGAAGUGUUGGCAUUGCUAGUAUUUGCGUUAGUAACAUUAUUUGGGGAUUCUUUCUUCUGUUGCAUUUGUUGAAUUGAAAUAUCUUAUUUGCAUAUGUUUUCUAGCAUGUAAUGGUGAGUGAUUCAAUAUAGACAAAAAAACUCUCUUUACGUCA